GGAGCUAGUGGGAUUCGGGGGCGCUAAAGUCGCAGGGACAGGGCGGGAAGGAAGAUCCGGAGCGGGGCAGAGGAUCCGGAGCUGGAGCCCCCAGGAUCUUCCCUCCUUGAAGAAGGGAGUGGGUCGGGACGAGUGAGGCCAGCUCCAUGUAUCCGGAAUCGACCACGGGGUCCCCGGCUCGGCUUUCCCUGCGACAGACUGGCUCCCCGGGCAUGAUCUACAGUACUCGGUAUGGGAGCCCCAAAAGACAGCUCCAGUUUUACAGGAACCUGGGCAAGUCGGGCCUCCGGGUCUCCUGCCUGGGGCUCGGAACAUGGGUGACCUUCGGAGGCCAGAUCACGGACGAGAUGGCAGAGCAGCUAAUGACCUUGGCCUACGACAAUGGCAUCAACCUCUUCGAUACCGCAGAAGUCUACGCGGCGGGCAAGGCUGAAGUGGUGUUAGGAAACAUCAUCAAGAAGAAGGGAUGGAGACGAUCCAGCCUCGUCAUCACCACCAAGAUCUUCUGGGGAGGAAAAGCCGAGACGGAGAGGGGCCUUUCCAGGAAGCACAUAAUAGAAGGUCUGAAAGCCUCCCUGGAGCGGCUGCAGUUGGAGUAUGUGGACGUGGUGUUUGCCAACCGCCCGGACCCCAACACGCCCAUGGAAGAGACGGUGCGUGCCAUGACACACGUCAUUAACCAGGGGAUGGCCAUGUACUGGGGCACAUCGCGCUGGAGCUCCAUGGAGAUCAUGGAGGCCUACUCCGUUGCCCGGCAGUUCAACUUGAUCCCGCCCAUCUGCGAGCAGGCAGAGUACCACAUGUUCCAACGCGAAAAAGUGGAAGUGCAGCUUCCCGAGCUCUUCCACAAGAUAGGAGUGGGCGCCAUGACCUGGUCCCCUCUGGCCUGUGGUAUCGUGUCCGGAAAGUACGACAGUGGCAUCCCGCCCUACUCGAGAGCCUCCUUGAAGGGCUACCAGUGGCUGAAGGACAAGAUCCUGAGUGAGGAGGGCCGGCGCCAGCAGGCCAAGCUGAAGGAGCUGCAGGCCAUCGCCGAGCGCCUGGGCUGCACCCUCCCCCAGCUGGCCAUAGCCUGGUGCCUGAGGAACGAGGGGGUCAGCUCCGUGCUCCUGGGCGCUUCCAGCUCAGACCAGCUGAUGGAGAAUAUUGGAGCAAUACAGGUCCUUCCAAAACUGUCGUCUUCCAUUAUCCACGAGAUCGAUAGCAUUUUGGGCAAUAAACCCUACAGCAAAAAGGACUACAGAUCCUAAGAAGCCCCCGGCCGUUUGCCUGGACGGUUUCCGUUUCCCUCCUAGCCUCUCUGUUAGCUCGCUUAAGCUAUUUUGAAGCCAAGUCGAGAGUGUGGUUUGCUUCAAAAACAAAACAACGCACCAAGAUGUCACCGGGAAAAGACCGCAGAAGUCGCUGCCACACACUACCCGCUGCUUCGCAGGACCGCUGUCGGGUUCGUGUCAGGGAGUCGGCAUUGAUUCGAAGGCACUCGUGCGGUCCCACCCAAGCCUGCCGUCUCUGCUCCUCCUCCAGGAAACCACCAUGUUUUCGCCCAGCCAUGGGCCGUCUCAGAGACUCAAGUCCAGGCCAGGCCAAGACCAGCUGGGGCCUGGGGGCAGGCAGAGCCGGCCUCUCCUCUGCCGAGAACCCCACCCGGCAUUGGGGAAGGGAAGAGGAAGCCGGGUCUGCCUCUUCCUGUGGCCCCUCGGCGGGGCCCUGGUCAGGGCAGGCCUCCCUCUGGGGUCUCCCUCAUUCCCCCUCUUGCCAAGGGCUCCAGGCACUUUCCUCAGGCCUAACCUCGGAUUCUUCCCCCAGCCCCUUCUCCCAACCACCCGCCCCAGUGUGUCUCCGAGGGGCCUUCCGAGCUGCCCCUUGACACCCCCCCCCACCGGCCACCUUGCUGGCAGGGGCAGGGAUCCAGGGAGAUUCGCCCUGCAGUUUGGGACACACAAAAAGUUGGGGGGCUCUGAUUUCAAGCUCCUCGCCCCACUGGCUUCCUCCCCGCAAACAAUUGAUGAGCCCCAGUGCCUGGGCUCCAGUCCAGGUCCCUCCAGGGCCCCACCUGCCCUCCCUCCCUGCCAGGCACCCAGUCCUCCACCCCUCUGUCCUCGCCCCAGAAGGCCCCGAGGUCACACGUGCUCAGCUGGACUGUGGCUGCUGACCACACACCAGGUAGCCAGCCUCUGCUGUGCCCGGGGGGUGGUGGCCUUGGGGUCUGCAGAGAGCACAUGCUGGGACCCUUUCAACGAGGGAGAGUCCCUGGGGUUUUCUGUGCUGUGUGCCUGGGGCCUGGGGGCCAGCCAGCAGCAGCCCCUGCGGUCUAGGAAAAGACCCCGGGAGCCUCUCUGUGGAGCAGUGUCCCCUGUGAGGCCUCAGACCAGGUGGGUGGGGUGAGGUGCUCUGUCUUGGGUGCUCAGAGCUUGUUACCAGGACAGCAGUGCCACCCCCAGGACACCUCCACACAGCCCACGAAGACAGAGGGAUGGCUGGGGUCGGUCAUUACUGUCCACACCAGCCCCCCCUCCCCCCAAGCCUGGAACAGACUGGGGACAGGGAGGGAGGGCGGGACAUUCACAAGUGUCAGCCCUUUUGUAGCCGGGCCUGGGGCUGCAGGGAUGGAGGCGGGGAGGCGGGCCGGCCGCCAGGAGGCGCAGCCCCCAUAGGCCUGAGCGGCACCCAGCCUUUGCUGGCCGUGGUGGGUGGGAGUUGGGGGCCAGGCUCUGCAGACGCCCCAGCCCACCGAAUACGGGCCCUCGUGCCCUUGGGCAGACACAGCCCAUCCCGCUUUGCCCUUCAGAGAGGCCCCUCCCUGCCAUUAUUCUCAGAGGGGCCGCUGUCCAGUCCUGGCUGAGCCGAGGCCUGGGAAACUGGCUUUAAGAAAGCCACAAAAGUGGGGGGAGGGAGACCUUCUUCCACUCCUGACCUUUGUGCUGGCCCUGGAGUCUGGAACCUUCUCCCUCUUUGUAGACCAGGCCCCUGGGGGUUGUCUUCACCAAGUCCCCUGCACACUUCAGCCGGUGGGUGUGGGGAGGGGACAAGCCUGUCCCAGCAGAAUCCCCAGCCACUGCCCACCAUCAGACGGUGGGAUCUGGCUCUGAGGACAGGACACUGCAGUGGGGCGGCUUUCAUCCCAGGCCCAUCCAGGCAGGGACCAAGUGCUCUGGGCCAGGCAGUCCCAGCAGCUGUCCGUGCUCAGGGGCCAGGUUACCAGCCGCUCAUUGGCGAGAUGGCUGGGCCCUCUCCACACUGCUGUCACCCUGCCCACCCACUGCUGGAAGAGGGACCAGGGCGUGCAGUCGGGGCCGAGGUCGGGACUGCCACCUCCCCACCCCGUGAGCCACACCUAGGAAGGCCGAGCCCGCUGGCUGCAUGUUUCCCAGACGGAGGGAGACAAGGGCCCCCAGGGUUGAGCUCUACCAAGGCCUAAGUGCCCAGCGCAAAGACCCAAGCAGCUUCCCGGCCCUGGGGCACCAUCCACGGCCUGGUUCUGUAUCCCCGCUGCAAGUGGGUGUGGGGGGAUGCCACCCUGCUUCCUGAGGGAGGGUCCCCCGGCUUCGGGGGUGCUGGAGUGGGGCCCAAGGGCGGUCAGAGCCUGGAAACAGAAGAGCUGGGCCGAGGCAGGCCCUGGAGGGGCAGCCUGGGCCCCGCCUGGCACGGGUUUCAGACCAGCCAGCCGCACCCUACCUGCUUGAGGGGAAGCCCGCCAAGAGCCCCAGCUGCCAGCCAGCCUCUCACCCUCCCCUUGAAGCAGAGUUUUUGCCCCCAGGGGUCCACCUGGCAGUGCCCCACACGGGAAGAAGGCCCAGUCUGGGUCAGGGCAGGACCAGUCUUCCUUGCUAACGACACACAGAGCCCCCAGCAUUUUUCACCCUGAAUCUACGGCAAAUUCGAGGUCCCGAGGACGAGAUGGGGGCUUGCUCUGUCUUCUGUUCUCUCCAGUCAUGUAAAUAAUGUGCUACUUUUCUCUCCCCGCCUUUAAUGACUGUGGCUCCUCAGCUAACUGCAUCCCCUACACAGGCAGAGAUGCCAUAUGCCUCGCACUUCCAAAUGACACUCAGUGGAGACGCAGUGCCGUAUUUAUGGAAUGACAAAAUAAAACCCAAGCCCAUCA